AUGUCGGCCGGGGGCGAACAUCUCAAAGAUGAGGGCACUAGGCGACAGACGAUCAUGGCUGGCGGGACCGCUGGGUUGAUCUCGCGCUUUUGCAUUGCGCCGCUUGACGUCGUCAAGAUCCGCCUGCAGCUGCAGAUCCAUUCGCUGUCUGACCCGAUGUCGCAUCAAACUGUUGUCGGGCCGGUGUACAAGGGGACUCUGUCCACGAUGCGAUCGAUUGUGCGGCAAGAGGGCAUCAUGGGUCUAUGGAAAGGCAAUGUCCCCGCGGAAAUGAUGUAUGUCUGUUAUGGCGCCCUCCAAUUCACCGCAUACCGAACAACAACGCAAACCCUGGCGCAACUGGGUCCAUACCGACUCCCGCAGUCCGCCGAGUCCUUCGUCUCCGGCGCUGUCGCCGGUGGAAUCGCCACCACUGCCACAUACCCUCUCGAUCUCCUUCGUACACGUUUUGCUGCACAAGGGACAGAACGUGUCUACGGGUCGCUCAUGUCAUCUGUCGUGGAAAUCACGCGUCACGAAGGGCCGGCGGGUUUCUUCCGAGGCUGCUCGGCGGCCGUGGCGCAGAUAGUCCCUUACAUGGGUCUGUUUUUCACAGCCUAUGAAAGUCUGCGGCCGACUUUAGCGCAGUGGGAGUCUUUGCCAUUUGGCACGGGCGAUGCUGCUGCAGGUGUUAUUGCCAGUGUCCUUGCGAAGACGGGCGUUUUCCCGCUAGAUCUCGUGCGCAAGCGGUUACAAGUGCAAGGCCCGACACGCACGCGCUAUGUGCAUCGUAAUAUUCCCGAGUAUAAUGGUGUGGUCCGGUCGAUCACGAUGAUCUUGCGUACGCAGGGCGUGCGGGGCUUGUAUCGUGGGUUGACGGUCAGCUUGUUCAAGGCGGCACCGGCCAGCGCGGUGACGAUGUGGACAUAUGAGCGAGCUUUGAAGCUUAUACAGGAGAUGGAAAUGGCGACUCUUGAUUGA